CGUAGGUAUCAUAAUUCAUAAUGUCUGAGACCUGCAUAGUGCAUAAUGAUUAAUGAUAAUAAAUAAUGAUAGACGAUAGACGAUGGUUUAGAUUUCAGAAUUCAAAUAGUUAUAGCCGUUGCCGGUCAGAUAAUUGGAUGAUAUGAAUCAUGAAAACUAAAUCAUUAGUCAUUUAAUGUUUUAUCCUAAUAAUUUCAUAGUUAAGUUGUGUUUUAAUUAAUUAUUAUUCCAUCUUACCUAGUAUUCUUAAGUUUGUACAAAUUUAUAAUUAAAAUUUCAUCAAAAUUCAAAAUGUACACUAAUCAGUAUUCACAAUACAAUCAACAAUAUCAGCAUUAUCCAUCUAAUUAUUAUCAGAUGUACAAUUAUAACCAACAGCCUGCUUACAACGCUCCAUCACCAACACAAAUAGCUGCAACAUUUAUGAGCUCAAAUGUACCAAUCCAACAGUCCCAAGCAUCAACUUCUGGGCAAAAUGUUUCAAGUAUUUGGAUGGGAAGCUUAGAACCUUAUAUGACCGAGAGUUUCAUCACAGAUGCAUUUAAAAAAAUGGGAGAAUAUCCAAAGAAUGUUAAGUUAAUGCACAAUAAAAAUACUGGAAAAACUGCCGGCUAUGCAUUUGUUGACUUCUAUGAUCCAGUAUCUGUUAUGCAUAAACUCAAUGGAAAAUAUAUACCUGAUACUAAUCCACCUGUUAGGUUUAAACUCAAUCAUGCUGGAAAUCCUGGAAAAAUUACUUUAAGUGACAGAGGUUUUUCUGUAUGGUUAGGUGAACUUAGCUCAGAAGUAGAUGACUAUCAGUUAUACAAAGCGUUCGCUUGUCGGUAUCAAUCUAUAUGUACAGCUAAAGUGGUCUUAGACAGUGCUGGUUAUAGUAAAGGAUAUGGUUUUAUUCGUUUCAGCAAUGAAGAAGAACAAAAACAUUGUCUUAAUAAUAUGAAUGGUUUUCCUGGCCUUGGAUCUAAACCAAUAAAGGUUAGCAAUGUCAUACCAAAAUCAGAGCGUCAUAUUGUUGUUGCUUCAAAUGAUUUUCAAGGAUACAAAGCUAGUCAUGAAUAUGAACAGUAUUUUGAAACCAAUUAUUGGCAUCAAUAUUCUAUGUGGAAUCAACCUCAAAGUCGGAAAUGUGUUCUUAAACCAGAAUCAACUAUUCAAACUUCAGUUGUUAAAACUAAUGGAAAUUUAAUUUUAGUUGAUUACAAGAAGUCAAUUGACAUAGAUGCAUUAAACAAAGAUCAGGUCUCACAAGAUUACAAUUUAUGGGAUGCACUUGAAAGUUCUAAAUGGUUACCACUUGACUCUAUAGAAGUUAUUUAAGUAUUCAUAAUAAAUCAAAUAUUUAAAUACUUUUUACAAAGUUUUUCUUUAAGUUGGCAUUUUUUGUUU